AUGGAUUUCAUCCUGAACUUCGAGGACGAGGACCAGUUAUCGCAAGAUCGGCUACUGAAAAACGAGAUACCGUAUUAUAGAAAUUAUCAGGGUUUCUCAAGUCCUAAAGGCUUGAGUGCUUACAAUGUUAAGACGAUUAUUGACUCAAAGGGAAACUACAUUAAUGAGAUCCGAGUGGAGAAUAACAGUGAAGAAGAAGACAUGCUACUGGCAUCAAAUAGUGUUAAUGAAAGCCAUCCAAAACAUCUAGUAAUGAUUCAUGGUUAUGGAGCAUCGUGCGGAUGGUUCUACAAGAACUUACACGGUCUGAUCUGUGCAAAUCCAAACUCUAAAAUCCACGCGUUGGAUCUCCUUGGAUUUGGACUUAGUAGCAGACCUGAAAUCAAAUAUGAACAUGACACCAGUAGCGAGGCCAAUUUGGAUAUCAUUUAUGAUCAAAGUGAAGUCGUGAAGAACAUCCCAAAGACAUCGAACGAAAAGAAAAGGAAGAAUAAGAAGACUUUCGCCACUCCCAAACACUUUAAAGUGAGGAGCCAAGAUGUGUUGAAGUACAUCAAGAACCAGAGAGAUCUUGUGGACGAGGUAGAAGGCACCUAUGUGGAUAGCUUAGAGAAAUGGCGACUGAAUAAUGGGAUUGAAAAGUUCGAUCUUCUGGGCCAUUCACUUGGAGGAUACUUGGCAGUAGCAUACUGUCUGAAAUAUCCUAAUCAUGUCAAAAGACUUGUGCUUGUGAGCCCUGGGGGUGUCGAGAGAAGUCCGUUUUCUGUCACCAAUCCACGGUAUCUGGCACUACAGAAACUUUCCGAGGAUAGAACGGACACAAUACCAGAGUAUUUGGAAUCGGUGACGUCCCAUUGGCCCGGAGACUAUUCUUUCCUAGGACGUUACACUUCGGUAAAAGAGAGUUUCAAACUGAUUUGGCAAACCAGAACAUCGUUUUUUGCCAUGCUUCGUUGGAUGGGACCUCUAGGACCUAAAAAGCUAUCAGAGAGAAACAUUUCAAGGCUUACUCGUUCAGGAUACUUCAACGAUUGGAAGGAAAUCGACUUAUUCAUAAAGUAUAUCUACAAUACGGGAUUGAAAUCUUCCUUUUCGGAGACCUCAAUUAUGCGAAUAUUUGAUGCUUCAGUGGUGGCAAAGUACCCACUAUUGGAUCGUAUCGAUAAAUUGCAGGUUCCGAAGAGUCUAUGGAUAUAUGGCGAGCAUGAUUUCAUGUUUACCGACUGUGGCCAUGCAGCAGUCAAUAAAUUGAACUCAAAGCCAGGAUUCGAGGCAAAGUUUGAUCUGGUAAGCAAUGCAGGUCACAACCUUUAUUUGGAUAACUACAAGGAGUUCAACCAAAAGGUUCUAAGAUUUCUAGGUUGGCACGAGGCUAGGUAG